UGUAUCAGUCAACAGUGUUCCUGUGUUCAGUGCAGUAUGAGGGCCUUACUGGUGUGUUGUGUGGCGGCGGCGGCGCUGGCGCUCGUCAGCGGCCGCGAGCUGAGCCGCGACAAGCGUGACGCCGACCUGGAGGCGGCCGCCACCCAUCAUAAACACGAGAAGGGCGGCGGCCACGAGCACCACGCGCAUCACCAUCACGACCACGGUGAAAAGGGCCACAAGGGCUACAAGGGUCACCAUCAUCACGAGCAUGGCAAGAAGGGUCACCACCACCACGAGGGGCACAAGGGCCACCACGAUGAGCACGGCGGACACAAGAAGCACCACCACCACGACGACGGUCACCAUCACGAGCAUCACCACGGCGAGAAGGGCCACAAGGGCCACGGUCAUCACGAGGAAGGACAUUACCAUAAGGGACACUCCACCAAGGGCCACCACGGUGUCCACAAGCAUGACGAGUUCAAGAAAGAGAAGCACUUCCAUGACCAUCACGGCGAGAAGGGCCACCACGAGCAUCACGGCGGACACCACGAGGAGCACGGCCACAAGAAGGGCGGCCACCACCACAAGGGCCACAAGCACGGCGGCCACCACGAGCACCACCACGGCAAGAAGGGCCACCAUGAGAAGGGCGGACAUCAUCACGACCAUAAGGGACACCAUGACGAGGGCGGCCACCACGAGCACCAUCAUCAUCACCAUGAUCACGGCAAGAAGGGUGGCCACGAGGACCACAAGCACUGGGGAUUCAAGAAGGGACACUAAACAAUCAAAAGACUGCUUAUAUUUCUAUGGAUGCCAAUUAGUUAAGCCUUACUUGUUUAGGUUUACGUUGUUGAGUUUUUGUUUGUACAGUUUAGGUGAUUUUAUUAAAGAAAUUAUACGUUAAACGAACACCUUCAUUAUGAUGA